AUGUUCAACGUAUCGAACGAUUAUUUCAUUUCUCCACCAUCCUCAUCAUCAUCGUCUUCAGCGUCGAUGAUUUUCAAUUCGAAUUCAUCUUAUCACCCAUAUUCACGAUUCCCCGCAUCACAUUAUCCAACCAAUGAAUUGCCAGCAUAUUCCCUCGGAACUAAUCAUUCGGCUUGGAAUGAACUCGAAACUAUUAGUGAACGACAACCAGGUGUUCCUCGCAUUUUUAAACGACGUGUAUCAGCUAAUAAAAAGGAACGUCGUCGCACAUUGUCCAUUAAUACUGCCUUUUCUGACCUGCGCACAGCCAUACCGAAUGUUCAACCAGAUACGAAAUUAUCCAAAAUUAAAACACUGAAAUUAGCGACGAAAUACAUCGAGUAUUUGCUGGAUAUUCUUGCUAAAGACGAUCCAACGGCAAUGCCGAGUGCAUUCAAGGCCGAUAUAACAAGAACUCGAAAAGAAUCACGAGAAUCCAACAAAUACGACACACGGAAAUCCAAAGAACGAACUGGGUGGCCCCAAACGGUCUGGCAAUCGGAAUUGAACCGUCGCGAAACGAGUAAUCUGUAA